AUGGGUAUCCCUUGCUGGCACAUGUUGGCUGAUAUCUUGGACGACAGUGGUGUUGUUGAAACAACAAAUAUUCACAAUCAGUGGAAAUUAUAUUGUACCCCUGAUGAACCGAAUGCGGAACCUCCUUAUAACUUUGACGAGGACUAUGCAGCCAUGAAAGAGGAGAUUCUGGCAGACGUGAGCCUCAAGAUCUCCCUGGUCUUAUGGGCCAAGCUGCGCCAGGUGCGAACUAACACGGUAGUUGUGCCCCUGGGUGAGGCACCCAUCAUACGAAACACCCGCAAGGGAGCCAAGAAAACGCGGAAACGAGGUUACGUGCGAGUGGCCAAACGAGACGCAAUACAUGCUGAGGUUGUUGAGGCCCAAGUCAACGAGGCUCAGGCAAAGAAGAAGGUGUCAAGGGCCAAGAAGGUGAAAAUUAAGGCCAACCGAAAGUCUACGACAAAGUCAAAAAUUUCAUCAUCAGAUGCGACAUCCUGUGAUGAAAUUGGUGAUGAACCUGAUCGGGUCACGAAGAAAAGGAAGCUGCCUUUACGAUCUACACAAGCAACAAAGAAGGUCAACUUGGCGGAGUCUAGCGAUUCAGGGGACUCAUCUAGCUCUGCAGAUGAUUCCGAGACAGGAUGCUCAGGAGGGUCCAACGGGGAAUGCACAUCCGGGCCUCUGCAGACCGCCGCGGGUCUUGAAGAAGUCUUUGAUGAGCUUGCCAAAACAGAGCAUGUAAAUGCCCCAAAGGACUUCAAUACGGUACCUGACACACAGCCAAACCCGGAUGAACCACAAAUACCGUCAGAGGUUGCCUCAGGUGAUGACACCUUGCUGGCCCGCCCAGCCACCCCAGUUGCACCAGUUUGCAGUGGGCCCACACGAAUCACCCGGGCGCAUGGACCCCAGUUCCGCACGUGGCCUGAAGAAGGUACAUGCUUGGGGCAGGAGACAACCACUGCAUGUAAGGCAAUCCCGACCAAACCCAAACGCAUCAGGCCCAAGAAGAUAUGGUUGCCACCACCUACCGAGAUUACACCAGAAAAUGGUGGUGAGGAUGGUGCUGUGGUCAAUGGACAGACAGGCACACUAUCUCACCCUGGGAUUGUCAACAAUCCUCCAGGGUAUGACAUUGCAGAAAUGUCCCAUGGGGCUCCUAAAGACCCCGACGAUGUGGGAACCCAGGUGAGCUACCAGACCCAAAUGGCCCCUAUGACACUGACUGAUCAGAUGCUUAUUGACCCCACAGGCAGCCCAAGGAAUUGUGACCGACCAUGGGCCACCCCCUCAAGCACCCCUGGUGCCUGCACCAAAAGCAAUGCAGAUUUACUGACCAUCCAAUUAUUCUACAUCAAUUUAAGGUGGCGGCCCAUAAUGAGCUCUAAAGAUGGCCCCAUGGGACCCGGGUACCCGUUGAUACCCGGGUACCAACUGCUUUUUGCGGCCAAAACGGACACCGGGUACCGCACCCGCUCAAGUAUGACGGGUACCGGCGGUACUCCUGGCGGGUACCGCCUGGCUACCGGAGCUUCUUCCAGGCAACCUGGUUGA